CCGGCACCCGCUUUCCAAUCAAUGGCUUCGCAAUCCACUCCACUGCUUCUUAAAACCCUGUUGAUAUCAACUGAAUGCCCCCGAUUUCAAAGGUUUUUUAGUCGCUAUGCUCGCCAAACCGGAAACAUGUAAUACCAGGUACUGUAUUAAUUCUGUCCAUCAGAAGGAUGGCAGGGUACUGUGGGGAGGGUGUUCGAUUUGUUUGGCGGGCGUUCUUCAUACCUUAUGUACUAUCACCAGUCUUUGUUAGGUUGUCGGGCAAAGUUUCAUGCAAUACUAGGCCCGUCCCUGGAGGUCCCCCCUCCAGUUUCUUCCAGCAACCAAAGCUACCGUCGCAUUGAUAAUAAAUGGGUGCAGUCGAUGGUAUGGACAGACUAGAGAGACUGAAAGGGGGGAGCAUUGAUUGAGGUUCCUUCCUCCAGGCGUCACACGAAAGGCAAGACAUUAGACUGUUUGUGUCGAUCGAGAUUCCGUCCCCAAACUACAUAAUCCUUCCAUAGGUCCAUUUGAGAGCCGCAGAGGGAGUUCGUGUGCCAUCAGAAUGGAUAAAAUAUGGAAAAGUCUCUUUCAUCAGGUGCCUCUUUGGGGCUGCAUCACGAACAUCGCAGAGCGUAAAACUGAUGAUCUCCGCCUCCUGUGGCAGCAUCACAAAUCUUGUCCACCAAUCGACAGUCCAAUGGCGUCCAGUUUGCUGCUGUCUUACCCGGGGGCGCAGACGCGGCCGUCGGUGCAGAUGCAGAUGCAGGCGUUGACGGAGGUAGAUCUAAAGUAAGCAUCCUGCCCAGGUGACGGGUUGCAAAGAAUUAUCAUUGAACAGACCACUGGCCAACAACGGGCGUCGCGGAAACGGACCGGACAUUUUGAAGCAGAAGCAAGUUCAGAGGCAAGCAACACAUUCCGUCAAGCCGCAACUGCUACGUCCCCCUUACGAGCCUUUUUCACAUCUCUUUGCGGUCGUUCCGGAGCUGUGUUGAAUUAUUAGCUAAUAAGCCACUAUUUCCAUAACUAUGGAUAGCUUCGCUCUAAGGUUGCAGUAUCGAGUCUGUGGAUUCAUAGCGGCAUGACAACCCAUAAUCCAAGGUCGAUGAUGUUUUCUCCUCAUACCACGCGCGACUGAUUAUUGUCUUGGUUAUUAUAGUAGUUUCCCUGUCUGCGCUCGAGGAAUUGCAUGCUCGUGUCCUCGAUUAGUGCUGCAACGAGUUAGGAGGGUUGCAAGUGUAGGUUAGCUGCGCAGAUACAGCAGCUUUGUCACAAUUACAUCGACAUGGGCUAUGAAAAUGGAUAUAGUGACGGAGAGUGCAUGAUCAAUAUGAUGAUGUACCUAGUGACUACUCAUGCUGCUGUUAUGUGAUGUUUCUAUAUAUUUCGUGGCUGUGUUAUUACUGCUCACCGCUGCCACUUCUUUUCACGCGGG